AUGAUGCCAGAUUACGUCUCAACAGAUUACCGAAAUUUUUCACAUUAUAUGUCAGAAGAUAGAAAAUUAAAAGCUGAACAAAAUAUGCUAUUUGGAUAUAAUAUAGCAUCUGCAACUCGUUUAUUUGAAUGGAAUAUUGGAAAACUUAAAUAUUCUGAAUCCAAUAGCUCUUCAUCUCUAUUUUGGUCAAUCCGGUGGUAUUUAACUACUAAUAUGACUGGAAUUAAAAUGGAACCCGAUAAUACUAGAUCAUUGUCAUCAAAACAUAUGCUUGAUGUUACGGCUAUGAUGUCAGGCAUCGGAGUGAUACAACAAAGGCAACAUAAUUUAUAUUAUUCUUGUUCAACUGAUCGAUGUAAUGAUGCAAAUGUAUUCAAACGUAUAUUAGAAUCUUUGUCAUUAAAUAGCAAAUUUAAUGAACUUGAAGGUCUUCUUAAUCCAGAAAAUCCAUUUGAUGGUAAUCAGUGUUUUCGUUAUAUGAAUCAAACUGAUGAAAGUUGUAGUUCAACUACUGAUAUUGAUCCAAGUAAAUGUAAACAAUGUUUAACAACUGUUAAAACUGAAACUGAAAUAGAUAAAAUAUGUGCAACUUGCUCUACUGAUGAUGCAUAUGAAGGAUAUUUAAGUAAUGAAAUUCAUUUUAAUAUGACCGAUCAAACACGUAUUCUGAGUUGGUCUAUUGCAUGUCAAUCAAAAGGUUGCAAUACGCUUGAUACUGGUCGUCAAAUUCGUCAAAAAAGUGAUAUUUCAUUUGAUUUUAAUAAAUUUUUACAUUCUAAUAGUAGUAGUAAACAAACAAUAUCAUCAUCAUUAAUCAAAUUUGCUUCGAUUAUUAUUUUAUUCAUUAUCAAAACUUUCUAUUGA